GGACAGGCACAUCGGAGACCUCAGCCCCCGAGCACUAACAUCCCUCGUUCACUACCGCGCCUAGUCCCUUCGAGAAAACCUCUAUUAUUCACCUUAUUCCUCCUCCUUCUGGUUUCAACCCCAGUUCCUGCAAUUGCGAAAACGGAUUUUGAAAAAUGCGGCGUACGGAUCAAAGAAUUAGCGAAAAGCAACUCCCUUCCGCCCGAGGACAUCUACACCGGCCCUGUAAAAGGUCCCCUGGGCCACGCACGAGAAAGCGGAGAUCCAGUGCUCCUGGUAACAUUUAAUGCCUGCGAGAAGCACUGCGGCGCAACUCCAGAAUACUACAGCUGGGAAGAAACUUCGGAUACAAUCACGACGUGGGUGCUCCCUCUGGUGGGUCUGGUUCUGCAGGCCCCCUUUGAGAGCAAUAACUUCCUACAGACCAUGUUUGUUGUAUUCCGGUGGGUGGGCUCACCGAUCGUUUCCAUGAUGUGUAUCUUCUGGAACAUGAAGGUUACCAGGAAGUGCGCUAUUAUGGUUGAUAUGAGCGUCGAGAAGGACGAGUACCCUCCGCCACCAAGCAAUUUCGCGGAAUUGAGAGACUCUUUUUACCUCCUUAGCGUGAUCAAUCAGUACGAGAUCAUUAUCCACUCACAGCUGGAAGAACGCCACAUAGAGACUAUCCUUCGAGUGGGCCUGUUCGACAGGAGGGCUGAAGUCCAACGAAUGAGGGCCAGAGUGGCCGCAUGCAUACGCCGGGAACGACGCCGGGGAACAGUCCAAGUGCUAGUAUCGCUAGCCUGGUUUCUGGUGGCAAUGGGAAUCUCGAUAAACAAAGCCUUCGGAGACCUCGGCGAGAACUCAACGGCUCAUAACCUCGCACUGGGCCUGGUAAUGUCCUGGCUGCCGGUUCUCAUCGCCGCGACCAUCGUUGACAGAAACCCGAUGGACGCGCGCUACGUCCGCAACAAGUUGAACAACUACUUCCGAGUUAUCGAGGACGUUGAGCGCAUCCCCGGUACGCUCCCGGGGGUCACCGGGCCAGCCAUUUUCGGAGAGUUUGCGGGCCAAGGCCGCGUCCGCUGGCAUUAUGGUGUGGCUCAUUCAUUCCUCAGAACGCUAGAGGCCAUGCACGGUAUGGGGCGCGGUUGGUCAAGAACAUACGCAGACAACGACGAACUGUCCACCACAAGAACCUACUCCGGCCUCGUGAGAUUCGAUUUCGGCGAAGUGUGGCAGAUGAUAGCUUCCUUCCUGAUGGUCUGCUCCUGCAGCCUGGGGGCCUUCUUCCUUAGCUACUACACCCCCACGGUCGGCCUCGGCUGCCGCUCUGGCGGGUACAUGAUCUUUGGCCUCGGCGCCUUCGGCUGCCUGAUUAUGGAGAUGGCCGCAUGGGCAUUCCUGUACCCAGGUAUCGGACGGAGAAUAGCGCAGUGGGUCCUACGCAUCUGCGAGUUCGCAAACUCCUGCUGGCUCGUGUACAUCAUCAUCGCACAGACUUUCGGAAUCUACAACAGCUGCCGUUGCAAGUCGAGCAUGUGGGGCAGUGCUGGCGGCUACGUGGACUUUGAGGGUGUGCAGUACUACAAGUCCUACCACAUAGAGAGAAGCUGGAUGUUGGGCACCCUCAUCACCUGCAUCUUCUUGAGUAUUGGGCUUGCGUACGUUGUUGAGCAGUGGUGCACCCAGAGUUUCCUAUGGACCCAAGAUUGGGACUCGGCCAUGAACGGGCUUUGGUGGGUGAGGAAGUGGAAGUGGGCCACCACCUGGCCCAGGUUGGCGUUUGCCUGGGUGGCUGGGUGCAUGGUGAUGGCUGAGCGCUGGGCUCACGCGAUUUUGGGGGGUGAAAGACACGCCGAGGACCGUAGUUUGCUCUGGAGU